ACGAUGACAGCAACCACACUUUCUCCAAAGUCUUCAUUGGCUAAGCUUGUUCUUUAUCCAAAGGCUAAAUCUUUCAAAGUUUUAGUAUUAGGGCAGUCUGGUGUUGGGAAAUCAGCAUUGGUUGUAAGAUUCAUCACGAAACGUUUUAUUGGCGAAUACGAUCCGGAUUUAGAAAAAAUUUAUACCUAUCAAACAGUAAUAGAUAAUGAAACUGUCUAUUUUGAAAUAUUAGAUUCGGCAGGAGAACCCCACGAAAGUAAAUAUGCCAAUUUAGAAAGUAAUAUUAGAUGGGCGGAAGCUUUUAUAUUAAUGUAUUCCGUAACCGACAAGUGUUCGUUUGACGAAUGCCACCGUUUAAAAUUUCUUAUCAACUACAAUAAAAGACGGCGUAGGCUUUCGUCGUCAGCGAAGGAUAGCAUAUUAGAAACUCCAGUGGUACUGGUUGGUAACAAAACUGACCAAGUUGGUGAUCGAAUGGUGAGCACAGACGAAGGGCAACGUAGAAGCAAGGAAAUUGGCUGCGUAUGCUUUCACGAAAUAUCGGUCAGGGAAAGCAUAGAUCAAGUUUGGAGUGUGUUUCGAGACGCGCGUCGAUUCUGGCGAGUGGGUAGCAAAUGGUCACGCGGACGCGUCGACACGGACGUGCACCCAACCGCCCUGGGCCGGCCCUUGUCCCGCGCUGUCUCCGACUCAGCCUCGGAGACCAUCACGAAUGUGAAUGCGACCUUUUGUCGUCGGUUAACAGAAGUAGAAUCAGAGGAAGAAGUCGGCAUCGAGCGCAGCGAGUCCACAUCCUCGUCCGGUCAGUCGGAGGACACGGACGAGUUCCGCGCGCGCGCCAGCACGGACUCCCGCCUGCCGCCGCGGCCGGCGCGCGCGCGCCACCCCGCCGCCGCGCGCCCGCUGGCCUCGCCCGUCAGGAGGAUGAGCGUCUCCAUGAGAGGGAACAACGCCAGCACGUAUUAA